AUUAGGGGGCCUGUGGGACAGGAUGGAGGGAGUUAAGCAAAUAGUGGUGCUCCGUAAGUCGGGAUAGACGAAGAACGAAGGGUCGUCGGAACGUCGUGCAAGCGGAAGCCAGUCGGUCUCUUUUCUUCGUGCCGGGCCGUGUUGGAUUUUCGAUUUUGUCGGUUUCCGGUACCAUGGUCGCGGACGGUAUCAAAUUGAAGAAGGAGCUAGGCCUCGUCGACGGGGUCGGCAUCAUCGUUGGUGUCAUCAUCGGCUCCGGAAUCUUCGUCUCGCCGAAAGGCGUCCUGGAAAACGCCGGCUCGAUCGGAUUCGGUCUCAUCAUUUGGGUCCUGUCCGGCAUCCUAUCGAUGAUAGGCGCCCUUUGCUACGCCGAACUAGGAACGAUGAUACCAAAAAGUGGCGGAGACUAUGCUUAUAUAAAUGAAGCGUUUGGCCCACUUCCUGCAUUUCUUUAUCUUUGGGUCGGCCUCUUGAUCCUCGUACCGACUGGCAAUGCCAUAACAGCGCUCACUUUCGCCCACUACAUCCUGCAAGACCUGUGGCCGUGCGAACCAUCUGGCGAGUACGGCGCAGUAAGGUUGUUGGCAGCGCUAGUCACUUGUCUUCUGACAUUCAUCAAUUGCUACAACGUCAAAUGCGCUACUCGAGUGCAGGACAUUUUCACUGGGACAAAAGUCCUUGCGCUUUUGAUGAUCAUCAUCGCUGGCAUUUGGCUUAUGUUUGCAAAAGGGUUUAAUAUCUUCAGCAGUGCAGCAAUGGAAGGGACGCAAACUGCUCCUGGGUUUAUAGCCUUGGCCUUUUACUCAGGAUUAUUUUCUUAUUCUGGAUGGAAUUAUCUUAAUUUUGUCACCGAAGAGCUGAAGAACCCUUAUUUGAAUCUCCCGAGGGCUAUUAAAAUAUCACUCCCGAUGGUAACGAUCAUAUACGUCUUGACAAACCUCGCCUAUUACGUCGUCUUAACGAAGGGUGAACUUUUGCAUUCACCUGCUGUGGCUGUGACUUUCGGAGAUAAAAUCUUCGGCUCUUUCUCCUGGCUUAUUCCGUUUUUUGUUGCCUGUUCCACUUUUGGGGCACUGAACGGAGCGAUUUUUGCUUCGUCUAGGCUAUUUUUUGUCGGAGCGAGACAGGGUCACCUACCGAAAGCGAUAGCCUUGAUAAAUGUAAAUUAUUACACACCAGUGCCUUCUUUGAUUUUUCUGUGUAUUAUGUCGAUCGUUUAUCUUCUGAUAGAAGAUAUUUACAUUUUAAUCAACUACGUAAGCUUUGUCGAAGCUGUAUUCACACUCAUGUCGAUUUGUGGACUUCUUUGGCUCCGACACAAAAACCCUGAUGCAGAGAGGCCAAUAAAGGUCUCUUUAGUCUUACCAAUUGUGUUUUUCAUAACUUGUAUAUUCCUUGUGACUUUGCCAUUUUUCGUUAAACCAUAUGAGGUGGGAAUCGGACUGAUAAUCAUCCUCUCAGGAAUUCCUGUUUAUUAUAUUUUCAUCGACAAAAGAGCUCCACUAUUGGAUAAAUUAGGAGAUAUGUUAACAUUGAUUUGUGCCAAAAUGUUCAUGUGCGUUCUCCAGGAUGGAAAAGACUCGAGCUAACGGUUAAAUCUACCUGCAAACCGAGCAGACAAGAAUACAAGAAAUGUUCCUAAAUCAAAAAGAAGGGAGAGUUUGUAAAAAUGUCUUUUGGUAUUCCUCAUUGAAUGUAUAUUUUUCAUAUUUUUCUUAUAAUAAAACAGUUUUUGUAAAUAGAAGCAAACUAUUAUCUUAUUGAUGUAAGUAAUCUCUCAUUAAUUUUUUAAAAUUUGAUCAAGUUUAUUAUUAUUUUUGUGUUGAUAAUCUUCAUUCAAUGAAGAUUUGUUGUA